UGGGCACAAGUUUUCUGAAAACUUUUCCAUAAUGGCCACCGCUUUUGGAUUUGCGUCUUAUCUCUUCUCCGGAUUCGGGCUUCUCACCCCGGACACGCCCAUAAUUGACUUGCCAUCAGCAGGUAAGCUGCAAGGGCUCGUCGCCACUUCGAGAGGAGGGCGGCAGUACUACCAAUACCUCGGCAUUCCUUACGCCAAGCCUCCCGUGAACGAGUUGCGAUUCGAACCCCCCGUUCCACCAGAAAAAUGGAAGGGGGUCCGUUCUGCGAAAGCGUAUGGGUCACCUUGUCUCCAGUUUGACGCCAUGAUUUACGGGAGUAUCAUUGGGGAAGAGAAUUGUCUGUAUCUCAACGUCUUCACAACAAAGAUUUCUGGAGGAAAGUUACAUCCAGUGCUCGUUACCUUUCACGGGGGCGGAUUUACUUCUGGCGACUCGAAAGAUUUUGGUCCCUCUUAUUUCAUGGAUGAGGACUGUGUCGUCGUCACGGUCAAUUUCAGGCUGUACGUUUUAGGAUUCAUAAACACGGGGGAUGAAUUAAUCCGAGGAAAUAUGGGAUUCAAGGAUCAAAACUUAGCUUUGCGAUGGGUACAAGAAAACAUAAAAAAGUUUGGUGGUGACCCUGACAAGGUCACGUUAUCAGGGUCAGGCUCGGGUGGGAUUUCAGUUCACUAUCACAUCCUCUCCCCCUUGUCGAAGGGUCUAUUUCACCGCGCAAUCUCGCAAUCUGGCCACGUCGCGGUUCCCUUCGCGUUCGUGAAGGACUCCUUAUCUCAAGCGCAAAAGUAUGGGAAACGUAUCAAUUGUCCGACCAGAAAUACGUCCGCGCUGGUGCGAUGUUUAAGAUCAAAAAGGGCCCGUGAACUUAUCCAAGUCGCGCAGGAUCUCAUGUCUCCGAUUCACACGCAUGACGAAUUUUUCACCGGCACGUUGGAAACGAUCAAGAGGGAAGAUACCUUUUUAAUCGAGUCCCCCUUUGACAUCUUGGAGCAAGGAAACUUUAACAAGGUUCCUUGGAUUUUGGGCGUCAAUUCGGGCGAGGGUGCUUUCAAAGUGUCACGACUCCUCGCCUACCCUGAAAUCCAAUCAAACGUGGGCAAGCGGUGGAAAGAGUAUGCCCCAAUUUUUGCACAUUUUGACCCCAAUAAAACAGAUGUUUCCGACCGGCUUCGUCAAUACUACUUUGGCGGAAGUCGCUACCUAAAUCCUGGCUACGACCUGGAAAAUUUGACCCAAUUGGUGUCUGACGGGGUCUAUUUUCAUCCCACCCACUGGACCGCGAUUCGCCAUGCUCGCCAUUCGCCAACUUUUCUCUAUUUCUUUACUUAUCAACCGGUCCGAUUCCCCAGCAUUUGCAGCGCUUAUCGAGCCUUGAGACCUGAUUCGUGGUUUCCGGCACAGCUCAAAGUCGUCGGCGCAGUGGUGCAGGAUGCCGCGAGGAAUUAUUUUACCAGGAAUUAUCCAGAUUAUCAGGAUUGGACUGGAGUAUGCAUCGAUCAGCAAAUUCCUCUCUUGUGGAGUUCCGACCUGGUUUCGGACAUUUGGAAAUCCAGUCCGGACUAUCAAUUUUCCAGAGAUUUAAUUCAAACCAUUGUCAACUUUAUGGACACGGAAAACCAAAAAUUGAAAUUCAACGGUCUUCCCUGGCCCUCAAUCAGUCCUAAAGGUCCGCCCGUUAUGUACAUGCGGUUGGAUACCCCACCUCGAAUGAUUGAUGAACCGUUCGCUAAAUAUCUACCGUUCUGGGACUCGCUAAGUAUAAGGAGUGGCUACGAUAUGGGAAAUUGGUGACAAAAGAUUUAUCUUUAUGUUCAUCUUUCACACUUUUAUAAAAUAAAUUAGAAAUUCAUUUGUAGUAAUCACCAAUAUUUUUCAUUUUGCAAAAAUUUUUGCCAAAAAAUCAAAUCUUACAUCAUGACCAUACUUACAUUCAGACACUUUUCUACCUGAACUGUAUUUACGAUGAAUUGCAUAAAGUCAU